AUGACUAAAAAAGUAGGUAUGUACGAAUUAGGGUAGAUCUUGGGUUAAGGAUCUUUUGCUAUCGUUAGAGAGGUUACACAUUCAACAACUAAAUAGCAAUUUGCAAUGAAGAUUAUUGAUAAAGAUAAAGUACAAAGAGAUGAUUCAAUUGAAAGCUUAAAAAAAGAAAUUUCAAUUUUAAUGAUGGCAGAUCAUCAAAAUAUUGUAAAACUAGUAGAAGUCUUAGCAUCAAGAACAAAAAUUUAUUUAGUAUUAGAAUAUAUAAGAGGAGGAGAGUUAUGGGAUUUGAUAAAGGAUAGAGGACAAAUCAGUGAAGAUGAAAUGAGAAAGUAUUUUAGAUAAAUAAUAAAAGCUAUCCACUAUUGCAAAAAGAAAAAUAUAGCGCAUCGAGAUUUAAAGCCAGAAAAUAUUCUUUUAGAUCAGCACGGAUGCAUAAAAGUUUCAGAUUUUGGUUUAUCUUCCUUAUAUUAAGAUCCUAAUCAAAUAUAAAAUUUGUUGCACACAACUUGUGGAACAAUUAAUUAUUUAGCUCCAGAAGUAAUAUAAAAUAUGGGUUACGAUGGACAUAUGGCAGAUAUUUGGUCUUUAGGAGUUAUCCUAUUCUUUACUAUUUCAGGAAGAUUACCUUUUGAAGAUGAAAAUGUUGCAAAACUUCUUGAAAAAAUUGUUUCUGUUGAAUACACUAUGCCAAAAACGUUUUCUAAAAAUCUAAAAGAUUUAAUUAAGAACAUCUUAAACUCAAAUCCUAAAAAGAGAUUUACACUGGAACAGAUUAAGAAACAUCCUUGGUAUUUAGAAAAAAUGUCUAAAGAAGAAAUGGAAGAAUUAUAAUUAGAGGAGAAGGAAGAAAUCAAAUAAACUAGCUAAUAUCAAAGAGAGUUGUCGAUAAGUUCUGGAAGCUCGGAGCUUCAGAACUGUGAGAGUGAUUUAGAUGGUAUUAUCUAGGAUUAACAUCCUACAUAAUUAAUUACGAAAUAAAUUUCUCCAAUCCAACUCAUGUCGUUACUCACCAGCAAUAUUUUAAAUAAAAUGUUUGAUGUUAAAGGAAAAAAUGAGUAAAAGCACCUCUAAAACACUUACUAAUAUACUCCAAUAACCUCUGAUAAACCAAUAGAAGAGAUUGAUCAAACACUUAAAAAAGCAUUUGAAGCACUAACACCAAAAGAAACAUCUUAUAUUUUUCCAAAGCAACAGUAUUAGUUAAAAUGCUGGUUUAAAUUCAAAAAAGAAGAGUGCAGCUUGUCAUGCAAAAUUUAUAAAAUUAAGGAAUAACUUUACUUGCUAAAUUUCAUAAGGAAAUAAGGAAGCAUUGAUAGUUUUUAGUAGUCUUUGGAAAAAAUACAGCCAUUUUUGAAGAACAUCAUGAUUUAAAAGAAGCAAAACUGA